AUGUGUCGCGUCGUACUGCUCGACCAGACCCAGUACGUCAACCAUCAAUUGGGAGCGGGGCUCCCAAGAAUCCCAGGACGGGGGAUAGCCGCGCCACCGGACGAGGUAACUCGUCCGACGUCCAGUUCACGUCGCGGUGGUUCAACAGCUGCUCUACUAGAUAGCGCUGGCCACCGCGAGAGUCCUCUAAUGGAGGUGGAGGAGGAGGAAAGACGCUCUCCACACGAUCAUGUGGAUCGGUGUGUUCCCGAGAGCUUCUUUGAUCGCGUAACGCAAGGGUUACGCGACGAUCUCGAGCAUGAGCGGAAUAGGCGUCUCCAGAUGGUGGACACUGCCUCGAAGCAUCGAGCUGAGUUUGCCUUUGCUCAGCUUGAGAACGAGAGAUCUCUGACAUCUCUUCGUGACGAGCUAAGGGUAGCUCGUGGGAUUGUUGAUCGGUCUCGGGCUGAGAUAACUGCUCUUCAGACCCUUGUUGAUGCCCACCAUCGGGAGCACAAGGCUCUCUGCGAGAUGCUUGAGCGCAAGGGCGUUCUUCAUCGGAAGAAGCAGCGUACUGAUGGUACGGCUUAA